UUAACGGUGUGGUUCGACCUACCCGCGACCGUGGAUUCCUUCCUUCGCCGAAAUUCCAUUGUGUUCUCUCUCUCUCUCUUUCUCUUUCUCUCUCUCUCUCUCUCUUCCUCUCAUUCGUCAUCCCUUCUCCAAUCUAUCUCUUUCUAUCUUUCCUCAACGCACACACGACGAAAGCAAGGAUGCUUGUGACCGUUCGCGGCAAUGCAACGGCACAGCCUGCGUGUUUCCUAAGCGACGACGACUCCAGAGAAUAUAGUGACUCCAAGAUUUCAUCGUGAGAUAACUCAUAUUACAUACAACAUACACACACACACACAUACCCAAGUAUCCAUACAAACGAAAGAGAGCAACAACAGCAAUUAUCCCGUUCGUGAUCGAUAAUGAAGCGUACGACGACGUGCAUCCUGUUUAAAAGAGCCGGAUUUGCGUGCUUCAGCAGCAUCGAUUUCGUACUUCGAUUUUCAAGAUAUUGUUCAACCUCAUCGAGGAUACCACGCUAGAGUGCUGAAUCGACCUAAAGAAAAAGAGAGAUAGAGAGAAAGAAAAUCAAUAUUUCCGGCCAAUAUGGAGGCAGGAUCGAGUUCGAUGAGGUUUUUUCGAUUGGCACAACCCUGAUUCGAAGAGUUCAUUUAUUCCAUCUUUGAGAGAUUCUUAAUAUUAACGUCGAAGGAGUAAACGUUCUUCAUAAUGUCCUUCUUCGGCUGGAAAAAAGGCGGUAGUGAUACUUCCGAUAACACUGGGAGAAAUUUACAGGAUGGCCUCUUUCAAAUAGCCUCUCAAGCUUGCCACAUUCUUGUACAGGUAAACAAUACACACAACGUUUCUUACGGAGGCGGAAGCAAUAAUGUAACGAACGUUGCAUAUUCGAAAUAUUCAACCGCGGGUGGAUCGACCACACUAUCGACAUCCACUUCGGUACGAGGAACGUCUUCGGGCAAACCGUAUCCGAAAUAUGCCGAACCACGGACGAAGGACCAAGACGUUGUGGUUCUGUUACCGCAUAGGAAAAGCAGGACACCCAAAAUCAAGCACAAAUUAUCGACGGUCUCGGAAAAUGCAAGAUUGGACGUUAAUUCGUCGACAGGUGAUGACGAUUUAGAGUUAUGGGACCAAUCUGGAUUCAUGCUGCGAAACGACGUAGACGACCCUCUCACUAAUGCAAAGUGGGGUGCGCAAGGAUGGUGCAGACCAAGUUGCAUACCAAUAACGGUGAUCUUGAUACUCAUCGUUCUCGUAGUUCUGUUACCCCUUCUUGAUCAUGCCACGGAUAAAUUCGUAUUAAAUUCUACGAGCAUCGAUGCCGAACUAACUUGUAUGGAUAGCUGUAGUAUAUCUCUCGUCGAAUCUAUACCAAUUGGAUUGAAUUAUAGCAAUAAUUCGGUGUUACACGAGACUACCUAUGACUCUUGGAUGAACCUAAUCGCAAUGGCCGAAAACACGAUAGAGAUAGCGUCCUUGUAUUGGACCAUGAGAAGACAGGACGUUUAUCCGGAUGACAGUGCGAAAGAGGGCGAGGCCGUAUUCCAAGCACUUAUUGAAGCAGGACGGGACAGACAAAUUUCAUUAAAGAUAGCGCAGAACAUGCCUUCUCAUUCGUAUCCGAACAUCGAUACUGAAAUAUUGACGAAGAAAGCACACGCACAAGUAAGAAGUUUGAAUUUUGCUGGCCUCUUAGGUGGGGGUGUACUUCAUACUAAAUUGUGGCUGAUAGAUAGACAACAUGUAUAUGUUGGUUCAGCUAACAUGGAUUGGCGAUCUCUUACACAAGUUAAAGAACUGGGAUUGGUUGCUUUAAAUUGUUCCUGUUUGGCGACUGAUUAUGCCAAAAUUUUCGACAUUUACUGGCAAUUGGGCAAAGAUGGUAGAAUGCCACCAACGUGGCCGGACUCCGUCAACACGAAAAUAAAUAUCGAUAAUCCUAUGAAUUUUACCUUAAUGGGUAAUAAAUACAAAACGUAUAUCGCUAGUUCACCACCUCCAUUUUCGCCUACUGGUAGAAGCAACGACAUAGAUGCCAUUUUACAUUGCAUAGAAAAAGCGGAGAAAUUCAUUUACAUAUCCGUAAUGGAUUAUUUUCCCUUGGUUAUUUAUACCCCAAAAAUAAAAUAUUGGCCAGUAAUAGAUAAUGCUUUGAGAGCAGCUGCUAUUGAUCGUAAAGUCACGAUCAAACUGUUAAUAUCACUGUGGAAACAUUCAAGAGCAUCUGAAAGUUAUUUUCUUAAAUCAUUAGAAACAUUGACGAAUAGUUACAGAAAUGUUAACAUUGAAAUAAAACGGUUUAUAGUCCCAACUUCUACAGAACUGGACAAUAUACCGUUUUCAAGAGUUAAUCAUAACAAAUAUAUGGUUACGGAUAUUUCUGCAUACAUAGGCACAAGUAAUUGGUCUGGUGACUACUUUAUAAAAACAGCAGGAAUUGGGACAGUUUUUGAAGAUGUUGGCCAUAAAAAUCAUGAAAGUAUAAGACAACAACUGGAAAAUAUUUUUAAUCGAGAUUGGAAUUCAAACUAUUCAUUUGAUUUAAAUAAUACCGAUCAAGUCCCACAAAAACGAAAAAUUCCAAUUGGAAAUAAUUAUCUAUUAUCAUCUCAUAUUUAUCAUAUGCCUGCAUAAUCAAAACAGGUUACAAUUAUUA